AUGAAGCCACCAACACGAAUCGUCCUGGGCCUAACGCCCUCGAGGGUCCGUUCGUUCCCGUCCACAUGCCAGCUGCCUCGAAUACAACCCAUCCACACCACCCGCCCAGCAGCCGCAACCAUAUCGCCCAUCCACGGCACCGGCCCGGCCCCGGAGCCCCCGACCCCCAGCGCCGACGAUGCAACAGUCCGCCUCGAGCGCCGCAAACGCCAGGCCAUUCUCCUUGAGCGAGCGCAAGAUAUCCGCAGCGCGCAAAAUGCGCAUAAUUCGAGAUCAAAACCUUCCCCAGGAGGUGUCGCAGCACCGCCCCCACUGCGCAAGCGCUUCUGGAAAGAUGUUCAUCUGAAGGAGGUAAACGGCGCGUGGGAAGUUCACCUCGACACGCGGCCCUUACGGCACCCCACAACGAAAGCCAUUGUUCGCCUGCCGCUCAGCAAGCCGCUUCUCGCGCAUGCGCUAGCGCUCGAGUGGGAUGCUCUCGUGUCGGCCAGGCAAGCGACCAUGCAGCACUUGAUCCCGUUAACAAGCCUCGUGUGCCGGGCGCUAGACAUCGCCACGGAUGACCUGGAUAUGUCUGCUCGGGGCAGCGCGCAGGAGAGCUUGAGAAAGGGAAUCGCGAAGACGGUCAUGCGGUACCUGGACACGGACUCGUUGUUGUGCUGGGCACCGCCGCCACCGGAGAUUGAGAGGGAGGAGGGGAAGGAGACGUUGAGGGAUGUGCAGAGGCGGACGGCGGAGGAGGUGAUUGGGUUUUUGACGAGGAGAGUGUGGUCGGGGGUCAAGAUUGUGCCUGUGCUUGAUGGGGAGACUUUGAUGCCGAGGGCGCAGGAUGAGACGACGAGAUUGGUGAUUGAGCAGUGGGUUCUGGGCCUCAGUUCUUGGGAGUUGGCGGCGUUGGAGAGGGGGGUGUUGGCCGGCAAGGGGCUGUUGGGGGCGGUGAGGCUGGUGGUGGAGUGGAGUGAGGGAUUCGUGGGGACGGGGGUUGAUGAUGCGACGUCUGGAGAAGGGCAGCACGAGUUUGGAGUUGAAGAGGCGGCCAAGGCGGCGAGUUUGGAGGUUGAUUGGCAGACGCGGAAAUGGGGCGAGGUGGAGGAUACGCACGAUGUUGAGAAGGAAGACCUGAGACGGCAAUUCGGCAGUGUGGUGUUGCUGGUUUCUGGCACUGGAAGGAAGUAA